AUGGCGCGUCGACCCAUUGUGGGGGGGAACUGGAAAUGCAAUCCCGACAGCAUCGGCAAGUUAGAUGAGCUGAUCAAACACAUGCCACUGGGACAAAUUGGCAAUUUGGGUGGUGUGGCCGUGUGGAUAUUGGUGCACGUUGCUGUGGGGAACGAGUGUGACACCAGCGGCUGCGAUGUCCUGGUUUGCCCUUCACCUUUGCAUGUGGCCUACGUCGCGUCCAAGGUGAAGGAGAACAUCAAGGUUUGUGCCCAGAAUUGUGGCUUCAAGGGGUGUGGUGCCUUCACGGGAGAGACCGCUGUGGAGCAGUUGAAGGACCUCAAGAUCGAGUGGGUCCUUCUGGGCCACUCGGAACGUCGAGAAUAUUUCCUGGAAUCCAACGAGCUUUUGGCGCAAAAGCUGAAAUAUGUCUUAGAUGCUGGCAUGAAAUGUGUUUACGCCAUUGGGGAGAAGCUGCCUGACCGGGAGAAGGGCUUGGAAGCAACGAUGGCCGUGUGCAUUGAUCAGUUGGCUCAAGUAAAAAGCCUUUUGGAUCCCGAAAAGGUGGUCAUCGCCUAUGAGCCCGUUUGGGCCAUCGGAACGGGCGUCACGGCCAGCGCGGAGCAAGCGCAGGAAACUCACGCCGCCAUUCGGAAAUGGAUCGCGGAGAACGUCAGCGAGGAAGAAGCUGCGGUGCGAAUCCAAAGCUACUACCGUGGUUGGAAGGACCAAGUCCUUCUCCGAUUUCCUGAAACCAGUUGUGGGAGCCCGAUUGCUGGGCGAAGGACAAAUAUCUAUGGAUAG